GGACCCAGCGGGUCGCCGAAGGGAAGUUGCGGCUGCCAACGAGGCGCCCCGGCCGGCUGGAGGCUACACGCUACUCCGGGGCUGCGCAGGCCGCUCCGUGAGGAACGCCGCGUCGGGAGCCUGGGGUCGGGGACGCCGCCGACCAGAAGGCACCGGGCAGACCGAGGGUGGCGCGAGUGAGCCCGGCAUGGUCGGAUCGAGCGAGCCCCGCGGCCGGACCCGCCUCCCCGCGCGUCUCUGAGCUCGUGGAAGCAGCCAAGCUGGAGCCCAAGGCCAGGGGUCCCGGCGCCCCGCGGGCGGCUCCCUGCACCCACCAUGCGCCGCCUGCUCUGGAAGCCGGCGGCGGGCGUCAGCGGCGGGCCCGGGCCGGCGCCAGCCGCGAGACGCCGGGCCUCCAGCUCCGGCCCCGGUCCCGGCCCCAGCGAAGGGCAGCGGCCGCCGCCAGCGCCGUCCUCGGGCCCCGCCGGGCAGGAGCGGCGCAACCCGCUGCACAUCCAGAUGCUGUCGCGAGGGCUGCGCGAGCAGAUCUUCGGGCCCGGCGAGGAGCCGGUCGACCCCGCGGCGGUGCGCCGCGGCGUGGAGCACCUGCGGCGGCACGGGCUCUGGGGGCAGCCCGCCGCGGCCCUGCCCGACGUGGAGCUGCGCCUGCCGCGGCUCUACGGGGGCGACCUGGACCAGCACUUCCGCCUCCUGGCCCAGAAGCAGAGCCUGCCCUACCUGGAGGCGGCCAGCUGCUUAUUGCAGGCCCAGCCGCCCCCCCGGCCCGCGAACUGGGCCUGGGCGCAGGGCUGGACCCGGUACGGCCCCGAGGGGGAGGCCGAACCCGUGGCCAUCCCCGAGGAGCGGGCCCUGGUGUUCGACGUGGAGGUCUGCUUGGCAGAGGGAACCUGCCCCACGUUGGCGGUGGCCAUAUCCCCCUCGGCCUGGUAUUCCUGGUGCAGCCGGCGGCUGGUGGAAGAGCGCUACUCCUGGACCAGCCAGCUGUCGCCGGCUGACCUCAUCCCGCUGGAGGCCCCUGCCGGUGCCAGCGGCUCCCCUCGCAGGGACUGGCAGGGGCAGUUAGUGGUGGGGCACAACGUGUGCUUUGACCGAGCCCACAUCAGGGAGCAGUACCUGAUCCAGGGCUCGCAACUGCGCUUCCUGGACACCAUGAGCAUGCACAUGGCCAUCUCAGGGCUCAGCAGCUUCCAGCGCAGCCUGUGGAUGGCAGCCAAGCAGGGCAGACACAAAGCUCAGCAGCUCGUGCAGCGAGGCCGGAAGGCCCAGAACAAAGCCAACGGCCCAGUGAUUUCCUCUUGGGACUGGAUGGACCUGAGCAGUGCCAACAAUCUGGCCGACGUGCACAGCCUGUAUGUGGGGGGGCCGGCCCUGGAGAAGGAGCCCCGGGAGCUGUUUGUGAAAGGCAGCAUGAAGGACAUCCGGCAGAACUUCCAGGACCUGAUGGAGUACUGUGCCCGGGACGUGUGGGCCACCCACGAGGUGUUCCAGCAGCAGCUGCCACUCUUCUUGGAGAGGUGCCCCCAUCCAGUGACCCUGGCCGGCAUGCUGGAGAUGAGUGUCUCCUACCUGCCUGUCAAUCAGAACUGGGAGCGGUACCUGGCAGAGGCCCAGAGCACCUACGAGGAGCUGCAGCGGGAGAUGAAGAAGUCCCUCAUGGGCCUGGCGGAUGACGCCUGCCAGCUGCUCUCAGGAGACAGGUAUAGAGAAGACCCCUGGCUCUGGGACCUGGAGUGGGACCUGCAAGAGUUUAGGCAGAAGAAGAUAAAGAAGGUGAAGAAGGAGCCAGCCUCGGCCAGCAAGUUGCCCGUGGAGGCGGCUGGGGCCCCCGGGGCUCCCCUGGAUCAGGAAGACCCCGGUCCCCCCAGUGAGGAGGAGGAGGCACAGCGAGACGUCGCUGUCCGUGCCUGUUUGCAGCAGCUGAAAGAGACUGCCCAGCUCCUCCCCAAGCGGACCCAGCACCUUCCUGGCCACCCUGGGUGGUACCGCAAGCUCUGCCCCCGGCUGGAUGACCCUGCGUGGGCCCCCGGCCCCAGCCUCCUCAGCCUGCAGAUGCGGGUCACCCCGAAGCUCAUGGCGCUGACCUGGGACGGCUUCCCAUUGCACUACUCAGAGCAUCACGGCUGGGGCUACCUCGUGCCUGGGCGGCGGGACAACCUGGCCAGUGUGCCAGCGGGCACCAGCCUGGAGCCAGCCGGUGUGGCGUGCCCCUACAAGGCCAUUGAGUCCCUGUACAGGAAGCACUGUGUGGCGCAGGGGAAGCCACGAGUGGAGCCCGGGGAAGUUGGCCUAGCCCAGGACCCCCCGCCUCUCGACAGCAGUGCCGUGUGGCACACGAUGGAAGAGCUGGUCUGCCUGGAUGUGGAGGCUGAGGCCAGUUUGGAGAACUCAGGCGCUUCGGAGCCAGGGCAGCCCCCAGCUCUGCCUGCUGCUGGUGGCCCCAAAGCCAGCCAACCCUCUUUCUACCAUGGCAACGGCCCGUACAAUGACGUGGACAUCCCCGGCUGUUGGUUUUUCAAGCUGCCUCACAAGGAUGGUAACAGCUACAAUGUGGGCAGCCCCUUUGCCAAAGACUUCCUGCCCAAGAUGGAGGACGGCACCCUGCAGGCUGGCCCAGGUAGGGCCAGUGGGCCCCGAGCCCUGGAGAUCAACAAAAUGAUCUCUUUCUGGAGGAACGCCCAUAAACGGAUCAGCUCCCAGAUGGUGGUGUGGCUGCCCAGGUCGGCUCUGCCCCGGGCUGUGACCAGGCACCCGGGCUAUGACGAGGAAGGCCGCUAUGGGGCCAUCCUGCCCCAGCUGGUGACCGCUGGCACCAUCACCCGCCGGGCUGUGGAGCCCACGUGGCUCACUGCCAGCAAUGCCCAGCACGACCGAGUGGGCAGCGAGUUGAAAGCCAUGGUGCAGGCCCCGCCGGGCUACGUCCUUGUGGGUGCCGAUGUGGACUCACAGGAACUGUGGAUUGCGGCAGUCCUUGGAGACGCCCACUUUGCCGGCAUGCAUGGCUGCACAGCCUUUGGGUGGAUGACCCUGCAGGGCAGGAAGAGCAUGGGCACUGAUCUGCACAGCAAGACGGCCGCCACAGUGGGCAUCAGCCGCGAACAUGCCAAAGUCUUCAACUACGGCCGCAUCUACGGGGCUGGGCAGCCUUUUGCCGAGCGCCUGCUGAUGCAGUUCAACCACCGGCUCACAAGACAGGAGGCGGCUGAGAAGGCCCAGCGGAUGUAUGCCAUCACCAAGGGCCUCCGCCGGUACCGCCUGUCAGAUGAGGGUGAGUGGCUGGUCAGACAGCUAGACCUUUCCGUGGACAGGACAGAGGAUGGCUGGAUUUCCCUGCAAGAUCUGCGCAAGAUCCAGAGAGAAGCUUUACGGAAGUCACGCCGGAAGAAGUGGGAGGUGGUCACCCAGCGGGCGUGGAUGGGGGGCACAGAGUCAGAAAUGUUCAACAAGCUGGAGAGCAUUGCUACAUCUGAUACCCCACAAACCCCGGUACUGGGCUGCCGCAUCAGCCGGGCGCUGGAGCCCUCGGCUGUCGGGGGAGAGUUCAUGACCAGCCGCGUAAACUGGGUGGUGCAGAGCUCCGCCGUGGACUACCUGCACCUCAUGCUGGUGGCCAUGAAGUGGCUGUUUGAGGAGUUCGCAAUUGAUGGGCGCUUCUGCAUCAGCAUCCACGAUGAGGUCCGCUACCUGGUGCGGGAGGACGACCGCUACCGCGCCGCCCUGGCCCUGCAGAUCACCAACCUCCUGACCAGGUGUAUGUUUUCCUACAAGCUGGGUCUGAAGGACUUACCCCAGUCAGUGGCCUUCUUCAGUGCGGUGGACAUCGACCAGUGCCUCAGGAAGGAAGUGACCAUGGACUGCAAAACCCCCUCCAACCCAACGGGGAUGGAGAGGAGAUACGGGGUUCCCCAGGGUGAAGCGCUGGACAUUUACCAGAUCCUUGAACUCACCAAAGGCUCCUUGGAAAAACAAACCCAGCCAGGACCCUAGCUCUGCCUGGACAAUGAAUUUGCUCCUGUGGAGCUUUCGUGGGCGGCACAGCUCGCACUCAGGCUCUCACCUGUGCUUCUGCAAAAAUGCUGCCUGCAGCUGGCGCUCGGCAGGGGGACCUGCCAAGAAGGCACGGUAGGGCUCACGGGCGGCAGCCAAGAUGUCAGCGGGGCCGUGACGCAAAGGCCUGUGAGGGAACUAGGAAUCCUGGCAGAAGCCCCAAAGUCCACAUUAACUCAGGCGUUUCAUUUUUUCCUUUUCUUCUUGACUGGUUCUUCGUCCUGUCCGCUGUGCUCUGGUGCAGGGACCUAGGGGGCAGAGGGACGCUGAGGUGUGCUGCUCUGUGGCAGUGAAAUAAACAAAAAAACCCUGA